UUUUAUAUUACCAUAACCAAAAAUAAAAAAAUAUCCCCUCACCCUUCUUCCCCAUUGACGCCAUCCCAUCUCUGCAACUUCCUUUUCUUCAUUACUAUUGUUAUGAGUCCGAUCGUAUUGACUCAACUCGCCACCGGCUUGAGCGUCUUGGCCGGGGCGGUUCUGGUGAAGUCGGUCAUGGACCAGAAGCCGAUGGCCGGUCCAUUUCCCAGGUGUUCUAGUUGCAACGGCACGGGCCGGGUCUCGUGCCUAUGCUCGCGGUGGUCGGACGGCGACGUUGGCUGCCGGACCUGCGCCGGGUCCGGUCGUAUGGCCUGCAGCAGCUGCGGAGGAACAGGUACGGGUCGGCCCAUUCCGAUUCAGAUCUCGGCGAGGCCUCCGAAGCGGCCGUCGUGAGGCUUUUACGGUGGGGCGUUGGGAGGUUUGGUGCUACCGUGUGUGUCUCAAUCUUUCCCUCCUCUUCUGAAAUAGUCUCUGUAAUAUAUAAUUUGAUGGUAUAUAUUUUAUUUAUAGUUGGAAGAUACAGAGAUGGAAGGUGAUUAGGUUGUAAUCAUCACAUUUACGAAUUGGGAAUUUUUAUAAAAUUAGAUGGUUCUAUAAUUUAAUUUUUUUGCUCA